UCUGCCACAGUCAGCUCUGCGUUGAUUGGCUGAUGUGUCUUGCUGGAAGAGAAGCUAUAACGGCAGCAGCGCGAGCAGCGGAGCAGCUUGGUUACGAGCCCUCGCUGAGAAUAGUCGAGAACGACGUUAGCAGUGACACCAUGCCUCGUGUUUAUAUCGGGAGACUGAGCUACCAUGUACGCGAAAAAGACAUCCAGAGAUUUUUCAGUGGAUAUGGAAAGCUCAUGGAAAUUGAUUUAAAAAAUGGCUAUGGAUUCGUGGAGUUUGAGGAUAACAGGGACGCUGACGACGCUGUGUACGAGCUGAACGGGAAGGAGCUGUGCGGGGAGCGCGUGGUCGUGGAACACGCCCGGGGACCGCGGCGAGACCGAGACCGAGACCGAGAUCGAGACGGCCACGGUGGGGGUUACUGGGGUGGUGGGCGCAGUAGCGGUUAUAGCAGCCGGAGCCGCACUGGAAGGGAUAAGUAUGGACCUCCUGUCCGUACUGAGUACCGUCUCAUUGUGGAGAAUUUGUCCAGCCGCUGCAGUUGGCAAGACCUCAAGGACUUCAUGCGUCAGGCAGGAGAGGUGACGUAUGCAGAUGCCCAUAAGGAACGCACGAAUGAGGGUGUAAUCGAGUUUCGGUCCCACUCGGACAUGAAAAGGGCCAUUGACAAGCUGGACGGUACAGACAUUAAUGGCCGCAAGAUUCGUCUGGUGGAGGACCGGCAGCGCAAACGCAGGUCGUACUCCGGAAGCCGCUCCAGGUCUCGUAGUCGCCAUCGUUCCCGCAGCAGGAGCCGCAGGAGCAACAGAAGCAGGAGCUCCAGGAGUCGCUCUAGAUCCCGCUCCAGGUCUCGUUCCCGUAGCAAGAAGAGACGUGGCCAUUCCCGCUCCAGGUCUGGAAGGAAGUCUGGCUCCAAUUCAGGAGAAAGCAAAUCCCGAUCUCGUAACCGCAGGUCCCAUUCUCGCUCCCGCAAAUCCCGGUCCGGUUCUGCUGAGCGAAAAUCUAAAUCUCGCUCAAAAAGUCGUUCAAAGGUAAAGUCGGAGAGAGGUUCUCGCAGCCCGUCCAAGGCGAUGUCUGUCGACAAGAAGUCCCGCAGUCGUUCAGCCUCCCCGCUGGAGAACGGGAAGGAUGACCAUGUUGCCAAAUCUCCCUCCCGCUCCCCAACCCCACACGAGGACGACCGCAGAUCCAAGUCCAAGGAGAAGCGCUCUCCGUCAAGGUCUCGUUCCCGGUCUGGAUCAGCUUCUCAGGAUUAGUGGAAAAGGAAAAGGGAGAUGAUUCUCUCACCCUCAAGCUUGAUCGCUAUGUUGUACAUAAUGAGCAGCGUCGUCAUACUGGCUUAUGCUUCCUGGCUUGUCUACUUUUCUCCUUCAAGUUGGCACUUGUCUUUAACCUGUUUGAGAUGCAGUUUUAUUAGAGCAUGCACACAGUGGAGGGUUUUUUUUGUUUGUUUUUGGAGUCAUGCGUCGUUAGCCUCCCAAAACACUUGUUUUUUUUCAAAGGCUGAAGUGCUAGUCUUCAUUUAUUUAGAUCAGUGACUUAAUAUGGUGCAAGUCCCGAACAUUUCAACUUGGUUGCUUUUUUUGUUUUAAAGACGCAGUAUUAAAAGUUCAGCGAAAAUGGCAUCUUUAUUUUAUUUAAAAUGUCAAUCCUGCAUCUUGGUUUGCAACAAACCUUUUCCGUUUGUUGGACCGGUUAAUUUAAUAGCCUUGUUUGCGUCUGGCGCAGCCAUCGGGCAUUGUUUGUUGCAACAGUUUUGUUUCAUAAUUAUUCAAUCUGCAUGCUUUUGGGAGAAAAGUAGUGUUUGGCUACAGCAUUGAUGGCGGUUAUUUUUUUCUGAACUACAUUCUCAAUAAUUGCUUUCUCAAGGAAUCGCUGAUCUUUGUAUUGUCUUGCGGCACUCUUAAGAGGCACAACUGGGAUGCAACUUGAAUUGCAAAUUUACAUGACAUCAUAAGGGUUUGUACAUCAUGUGGAAACGACUUGUAGGUGGCCCAUUACGAUCCUAUCUUAAUCUCUGGUUCAUAGACUGUUGAAUCUGCUUCAAAACCGUAUUGCUUCCUUUUCGUUGCUACCAAUGUUUGGGUUUUGUAACCCUGAGCUGGUAAACCGUGGAAUAACCUUUUACCUUUUAAUUUGCCUAUAGUUCAAGGCCUCAAAUGCAAUGUUCGAUUUAAUACGCAUCUCCUGCUUUCCUCAUUUGCAAGCCUGAAAAAAGUAAUUUUCUAGACUGGAGUGGUGAUUCUUCUUAAAUAUUAGUUUUAAGCCUCCAACAAUUUAUAGUGCACAACUACAAGAUGAGUUUUAGUACUGAUUAGGUACAUCAUUCAGAUGUCUGGACGAUCUGUUUGUGGGUUUAUACUAACAUCAUCAGACUUACUAAAUGCAUCCCCUCUUUUUUUCUCUCUCUAUGCGUAUGAGAUCUUAUGGGAAAAUGUCCUUUUUAUUGUAUGUUCAAAUAAAGUUCUUAAUGAGAAAA